CCCCUCAGCGAGGCGAUCAAUCUCUCCAUCGAUCAGAUCGAAAUCCUGGAACUCCUCCUUUGAACAGUACUGUAGGUGUACCUACACCAAUGGACUGCAGUGGGUCAAGAGGGCGACUCACCGAUGCCUUCUUGAGGACAGAUAUAGAUGGACAAUUAAAUAUUGGACUUACCAGUGAAGCUCACAUCUGCUGAAUGAAUUGGGUGAAUUUUGUAGUAUGCCAGUUGUUUGCUUUGCUAGCAAGUGUAUGGUUUCGACUUUAUCUUCACCCAAGUAAAACUAGCAGCUAUGUCAGGCAUGCUGUUGCCACACUUCUGGGACUUUACCUUGCAUUGUUCUGCUUUGGGUGGUAUGCCUUGCAUUUUGUUGUGCAGAGUGGAAUUUCUUACUACAUCAUGAUCAUUGUUGGUGCAGGGAAUAUGCAAAAGUUUUGUUUUGUCAUUGCUUUUGGAUACCUCACCUUGUGCCAAGUUAGCAGAGUAUAUCUCUUUGACUAUGGACAGUAUUCAGCUGAUUUUACUGGUCCGAUGAUGAUAAUUACGCAGAAGAUAACCAGUCUCGCCUUUGAAAUUCAUGACGGAAUGGCAAGAAAAGAAGAGCAUCUGACUCCAGUCCAAAAAUCCUUAGCUAUUCGAACCAUGCCAAGUCUACUGGAAUACUUAAGCUACAAUUGUAAUUUCAUGGGUAUCCUCGCAGGGCCAUUAUAUACAUACAAAGACUAUACGGCUUUCAUUGAAGGCAGGACAUUGCAUGUGAAGUGCACAGAAGUAAAUGGAAAAGUAAAUGGACAAUGUGGAAAAAGUGAACCUUCACCUGUGGUACCUGUACUAUGCAAGCUCCUUGUUUGUGGGAUUGCUUUGUCCUUUCAUUUGACAGUUACUAAAGCAUUUCCAGUGGAAUACAAUAUUGAUGAAACCUUUGUGACUACAGCUUCCUUAAUUAGUCGAGUGCUUUACCUGUAUUUUUCAUUAUUGGCAGCUAGGCCAAAGUACUAUUUUGCUUGGAAUCUAGCUGAUGCUAUCAACAAUGCUGCAGGAUUUGGCUUCAAUGGCUAUGACGAGAAAGGCAAUGCCCGUUGGGACUUGAUUUCAAAUUUAAAUAUUGUUAACAUUGAGUUUGCAACAAGCUUUAAAAUGUUCAUUGACAACUGGAAUAUACAGACAGCACUGUGGUUUAAAAGAGUUUGCUAUGACCGCUGCCUUUACUAUCCAACAGCAGCAACAUUUGUACUCUCUGCAAUGUGGCAUGGAGUGUAUCCAGGAUAUUACAUGACGUUUUUAACAGGAAUUCCAAUGACAUUAGCAGCCCGUGCAAUUAGAAACAACUUUCGAUCCUAUUUUCUGAAGUCACCAGCUGUCAAGUUGUUAUAUGAUGUAAUAACCUGGAUUGCAACAAUGAUAGCAAUAAGUUACACCGUUGUGCCAUUUGUUUUGCUGUCGGUAGAGUCAUCUCUAAAAUUUUACAGAUCUUGGUAUUAUGGUCUCCACAUUGUUGCCCUGUUGGUCAUACUGGCAUUGCCAAUGAAGCCAAGAAAAAAGGAAAAUGAACAGAAUCACUCAAAGCAGAAAUGGAAAGAAGUGGAUAAUGUGUUGACUAUGAACAGUCAUUCUGCUACGAAUAACAACUUGAACCAGAUCCCAAGACCAUCGUGAACACCAAGUGCAUUUGAAUGGGAAGCUGGACUACAAUUAAACUUAUUACCUUCUUUAACUACUGACAACGUAUUAAAGAGGGUUUUGUGCUGUUGGACUUCUGCAAAGUAUCCUGAAGCAACAAUAUACUAUAUAAAUAAUUUGUUUGAAAGGCAGCACGGAAACAAAACUCAUUUAUAUUUAACUAAAGCGGAGAAGGAAUGAAAGUAAUGUGAUCAGCUGCACUUUGCUGACCAUAACUGGUUGGAAUUGAUCGCUACUAUGCACACUACUUCAGUCUAGAGAUUAUUGGUUUUCUUUACCUUUUAUGGAAAUGUUGCCUUUGAGAGGUUAUUGUAACCACAUUUUUAGAUAAGCCAUGAAGUUGUACUAUCUGAAGUCAUCUACAGCCAGUCCCACUAGAAUCUUUUGUACAAAACCAAAACUGUAUGUGAUCCCAGAUAUGGCGCUUUAUGCAAUUAAAAUAGCUAGAGGUGGAUAAGUCUUGCUGAUAAUGACUCAUCCUAAAUAGCUACAACUGAUCUGUGAAAAUUAACAUAACUUCAGUGUAAUGGGGUGAUCAAACCACUUGCUUCAUACUUUUUUUCCAUCUUGGGAAUUUGCAAGUUUUCUUGGUUGAUCCUGUUUUGCUCUUGUAUUCUUUUAUGAAUCAACUGACUGAAAAAUACUGUGAUCUUGUGUACUAUGUGAUUUAAAAAUUUACAUUUUGGUAAGAUUAAUUAGUUUUUUUAAAAUAAAGCUAGCUAUAUCCUC